CAGCAUCGCUACGCCGUUAGAACUGCGCGCGCACGGCUUCGGACUGCUUCUUCUUAUCGAAUCAAAAUACACAAAAAUCGAUAGUGACGUCACUGAGGGUGGGGUGUGUAUGUGCGACAAUUUUAUUUAUAUUAAUUGAGUUCAUAAAUGAAUCUUUAAUUGGAUGCGUUUGUAGUAAGCGUGUGCGCAGAGCGAAACUUUAACCCCUAUUACGUGACUGUGGUGCGGACAGACCUCCCCAAAAGUAUCAUCAUGCCGACUGAUUCGGACAGCUCUGGAAUUUUCUCUCUAUCAGACGAUGUCCUGAUCCUGAUUUGCGGAUACCUGACUUUAAAAACACAACUAGAGUUGACGAAACUGCAUCAUCGUUUCCUGGAUAUAAUGCCAAGUGUCUGGCGGUCUAGUUGUCAAUCAAUAAAUCUCUCAUUGAUUGAAUUGCAACUCGGCGAAAAAGAUCUUAGUUUCUUUCUGGAAAGCACCCAACGAACACUCAAAGCUCUCCGCUUCAGGAUGGAAGAUAAAUCAAACUUACAAGUUCUUACGCAGUUUGUUUUUCCCAAUCUUUAUGAUUUUCGCUUCUCAACACACUCAUUUGCUUUGGAUGAUUCGGUUUUAUCAGAUUUAAUUAGAAGUUUUCCUAAUUUGAAAACUUUUAGUCCUCACGGAAUGUUUACUGGCAAACACUUUGAUGAAUUCCAAUUCCUGGAGAACCUAACGCUGUCCUUCUGUGGCAAAUUCGAGGUCAGCAACUUGAUUUGCAUCCUUAAAACCAGAAAUAUAAAAACUCUUAAGUUGGAAGUGUUCGACAGAUAUCAAAUCGAAGAUGUCACCCUUGAUUUGCCCUUGGAGGGGAUCAAAAACCUGGAGUUUCUGCAGUGUGACAGAGAAGAAAUGGACAGAUGGUUUCUGAACAAUUUGCAAUACCUUUCCAACUUAAAGCAGCUCCUUGUUAGCAAUUUUGAUAACUGGCCAUAUGUAAAGCGAUUGAUAAACUCUUUAAAACGGAAUAACAUCAAAACUCUGGAAAUUAACCUUAACAGAUGGAAUGAAAUGAAUAAUAGCGAAACUUUGCAUAUUAAUGAGCUCAAGCUUGUUAAUGCAAUAAUUAAUCCAAUACUUAUUUCAACCUUAGAACAUGUUAACGAAAUACAUCUAAGUAAUUGUUUAAUUCAUGAAAGGGGAAUAUUAACUUUGUUAAUACUUAGUUCAAGGAGUUGUGACAUCCUAGAUCUUCACAGUUGCCAAUUUGGUUUUGACGAAUAUACAUUUUUAGCGCAGCAAAUUGGCGAGAAACGAAGCAAAUUAUUAAAUGUGUUUUGGAGUCAUAGCACAUGUUUGAGUGGCGCACGAGUGAAUUGGAAAAUGGAAGGAGAACAUCCAUUUUUAAAGCUCCACAAGAAGGACCUAAAAAUAAGUUACAACUACCACCCAGUUUCUAUAUGUUUUUAUUAAGUUUAAGUUUAAAUCUAUGUUGUAACUUAUUGUGAUUUUUGCUCACAAGCAAGGCAAGCUGAUCAUGAAGAGGAUUUUGAACUGUAUUGGUUACAAAAUACAAAGCUGGUUUUAUUGAGA